GGCGGCGGAAGCGGAAGCGGGGACGGAGGUACCAGCUGGUCUCCGGAGGGGGGGGUAGGGGGCUCCAUGAAUGGAAGCGGCGGCGGCGGCGGGAGCGGCCUGAGCUGGGCUCCGGGGCCAGGGCCGGGGGCUGCCCAGGGCCCGCGCCGCUGCAUGGGGGCUGUCCGCGGCCCCUGAGACCAAGAGCGGGCGGGCGGGCCGUGCUGGGAGGGGCGGGGCCGGGCGGCCGCGGGCUAGAGGCGCGUCGGGCUGGAGCCGGUCACGAUGCCCCGAAGGAAGCAAAGCCACCCGCAGCCCGUGAAAUGCGAGGGGGUCAAAGUGGACACUGAAGACUCCCUCGACGAAGGACCCGGGGCCCUGGUGUUGGAGAGUGAUUUGCUACUAGGCCAGGAUCUGGAGUUUGAGGAGGAAGAAGAGGAGGAAGAGGAGGAAGGUGACGGCAACAACGAACAGCUCAUGGGCUUUGAGAGAGACUCUGAAGGAGACUCUCUGGGGGCCAGACCUGGGCUUCCCUAUGGGCUGAGUGACGACGAGUCUGGGGGCGGCCGAGCACUAAGUGCUGAGAGUGAAGUUGAGGAGCCCACCAGGGGUCCAGGGGAGGCCAGGGGUGAGAGGCCAGGCCCAGCCUGCCAGCUGUGUGGGGGGCCGACAGGUGAGGGGCCGUGUUGUGGGGCAGGAGGGCCGGGUGGGGGGCCCCCGCUGCCCCCACGGCUACUGUACUCAUGCCGCCUCUGCGCCUUCGUGUCCCACUACUCGAGCCACCUCAAGCGGCACAUGCAGACACACAGCGGGGAGAAGCCGUUCCGCUGUGGCCGCUGCCCCUACGCUUCAGCCCAGCUCGUCAACCUGACACGACAUACCCGCACCCACACUGGCGAGAAGCCCUACCGCUGUCCCCACUGCCCCUUUGCCUGCAGCAGCCUGGGCAACCUGAGGCGGCAUCAGCGUACCCACACCGGGCCCCCAACUCCUCCCUGCCCGACCUGUGGCUUCCGCUGCUGUGCUCCACGACCAACCCGGCCUCCCAGUCCCACAGAGCAGGAGGGAGCAGUGCCGCGGCAAUCUGAAGAUGCUCUGCUCCUUCCAGAUUUGAGCCUCCACGUGCCACCAGGUGGUGCUAGUUUCUUGCCAGACUGUGGGCAGAUACGGGGUGAAGGGGAGGGCUUGUGUGGAACUGGAUCAGAACCACUGCCAGAACUGCUGUUCCCUUGGACCUGCAGAGGUUGUGGACAAGAGCUGGAGGAGGGCGAGGGUAGUAGGCUAGGAGCUGCUAUGUGUGGGCGCUGCAUGCGAGGAGAGGCUGGAGGGGGUGCCAGUGGGGGGCCCCAGGGCCCCAGUGACAAAGGCUUUGCCUGUAGUCUCUGUCCCUUUGCCACUCACUAUCCCAACCACCUGGCACGGCACAUGAAGACACACAGUGGUGAAAAACCCUUCCGCUGCGCCCGCUGCCCUUAUGCCUCUGCUCAUCUGGAUAAUCUGAAAAGGCAUCAGCGCGUCCAUACGGGAGAGAAGCCCUACAAGUGCCCCCUCUGUCCCUACGCCUGUGGCAACCUGGCCAACCUCAAACGUCAUGGUCGCAUCCACUCUGGUGACAAACCUUUUCGGUGUAGCCUUUGCAACUAUAGCUGCAACCAGAGCAUGAACCUCAAACGUCACAUGCUGAGGCACACAGGCGAGAAGCCCUUCCGCUGCGCUACCUGCGCCUACACAACAGGCCACUGGGACAACUACAAGCGCCACCAGAAGGUGCAUGGCCACGGUGGGGCAGGAGGGCCUGGCCUCUCUGCCCCUGAGGGCUGGGCCCCACCUCACAGCCCACCCUCUGUUUUGAGCACUCGGGGUUCAACAGCCCUGGGUGCUACUGGUAGCCGGGCUCUCCAUACAGACUCACCUUGAACUAGGUCCUUCUUCCCUGGGGCACUAUGGAUUAGCCCUACCCUUCCUGCAUUUUAUACAGAUGGACUAGCAACCACCUUCUUUCUCCCCCGCUGGCCAGGGGCUCCAUACAGACCAACCUAGGCACAAUAUGGACCAGCCCAAAUCCCAUGGGCAGGGGCCAAUAUGGACCAGGGGGCCUUGGCCCAUGUACUUCAUGAGCUCAGUGAGAAGGGCCUUGUAUUCACCUCCACUGCUCCCAAGGGCUGUGGAUGAACUGGCUGGGGGACUGCCCAGCCUCCCACCUGUUUAUUUAACUUAUUUCAGUGCUUUAUAAUAAAGGAAACACUAACA